GCAAUUCUGUGAGAUCACUAGAGAGUUUUCUUCCUUACUUCUUUAAUUUAUCCCCAAAGUCUUGUCUGAGAUACUCCCCAAGAUGACGGGCGGAACGAUCAAGCUGUACAUGAGCAGUGUUUCGAGCAGCCAAGAGCUUCGUCACCAACAACAGCAUAUCAUCAAUAUUUUAGAAAGCCUUAAAAUUAAUUUUGAGAAAAUUGACAUCACUGAUCCAGCAAAUGAAAAUGAGAGACGUUCAUGAGAGAAAACAGUGUGGCACUUCAUGAAGGAAAGGUGCCACUACCUCCACAAGUGUUUAAUGAUGAGACCUAUUGUGGGAACUACGACAAGUUUACAGAGGCCAUCGAAAAUGAUGAGAUUCUGCAAUUUUUGAAAUUAGCAGAGAAGAAAGAAGUGUCACAAGCAGAAGUCACUGUCACUGGGGAGGAGGAAGAAGAGAAAAAAGACAAGACCAAAGAAGAAGAAGGUGAAGAAGAGAAAGAUGCAGAAAAGGAAACAAAAGAUGAAAAAAAAGCCGAGAGUGAAGAUGAAGAGAAGAAAAAGGAAGAAGACAAAAAGCCUGAGAAAGAUGAAGAGAAGCAGGAAAGUGCCAUGGACAGGUUGAAGAGAAUGAGAGGUGGAGAUGAUGAAGAGGAAGAAGAUAAAGAGGAGAAGAAAGAUGAAGAAGAGGAAGAAAAGAAAGAAUCACCAAUGGAAAGAUUAAAAAGCAUGAGAGGUGAAGAUAAUGAAGAAGAAGAAGAGAAGAAAGAGGAAGAAGAAGAAGAAGAAAAGAAAGAAUCACCAAUGGAAAGAUUACGGAGGAUGAGAGGUGAAGAUAAUGAAGAGGAGGAGAAGGAGGAAGAGAAGAAAGAGGAAGAAGAGGCGGAGAAGAAAGAGAAUAAGGCAGAAGCCGAGGAAGAGAAGAAAGAAUCUCCAAUGGAAAGAUUGCGAAGGAUGAGAGGCGAAGAUAAUGAUGAGGAGGAAAAAGAAGAGGAGAAAGAAGAUGACAAAAAAGAUGACAAAGAUGAUGACAAAGAUGAAGAAAAGAAAGAAUCACCUAUGGAACGUUUGCGCAGAAUGAGAGGAGGGGAUAAUGAAGAGGAAGAAGAGAAAGAGAGUGAAGAAAAAAAACAGGAGAAGGGAGAUGAAAAAGAUGAAGAGGGUGAACAGAAGGAGACUUCCAUGCAAAGAUUAAGGAGAAUGAGGGGAGAAGAGGAGGAGGAGGAGGAGAAAGAAAAGGAAACAGAGAAAAAGAAAGAGGAAGAAGAAAAGACAGAAAGUCCCAUGGAACGAUUAAGAAGAAUGAGAGGUGGAGAUGAUGAAGAAGAGGAAAAGGAAGAAGAAGAAAAGAAAAAGGACAAACCAAAAGAGGAUGAGAAGAAAAAGGAUGAGUCGAAAGAAGAAACGGAGAGUCCUAUGGAACGCUUGAGAAGAAUGCGAGGUGGUGGAGAUGAUGAUGAGGAGGAAAAACCUGAAAAAAAAGAGGAAAAGACUGAGGAGAAAGAAGAAACAAAGGAAGAACCAAAAGAAGAAAAGAAAGAGGAGCCUAAGGAAGAAGAAAAGACAGAAAGCCCCAUGGAAAGACUGAGAAGGAGAAGAGGUGGUGGAGAUGAUGAUGAAAGUGAAACAAGCAAAGAUAAGGAAGAAGACAAGCCAAAAGACGAUGAGGAGGAUAGAUUUGCAGCGAGGCGUAGACAAAGACAGGGAGACGAGGAAGAGACAAAAAAAGAAGAACCAGAAGAGGAUAGUUUUGCUGCAAGACGUCGUCGAAGAAGGGGUGAAGAGGAAGAGCCAAAAGAAGAAGAAGAAGAUAGUUUGGCAGCUAGGCGUAGACGGAGAAGAGGAGAGGAAAAAGAGGAAGAAAAGAAGGAGGAAAAGGCUGAAGAGGAGGAGGAAGAUGACAUCUCUAGAAGGAGACGAGAACGGCGAAAGAAGAUGGAGGAGGCAGCAGCUGAAGAAAGUAAAGCAGAGGAAGAAGACGAUAGUGCAAGGCGCCGACGAGAGAGGAGACGGCGCACAGAGGAGAAGGCUGAUGAAGAGGAGGAUGAGACAAUGAAGAGGAUAAGAGAGAGACGUGCCGCCAGGCGACGAGCACAAGAGGAUUAGCCUAGUGGAAUGUGAUAGUCAGGAACCGCGAGUCAUGGAGAAGGAGCACAAUGGAGAUGGAGACUGAAGCCUUAUGACAAAAGAGAUAACACCAAUGACAUCAAAAUAUGAGACAGUGUUAAAGGCCAGAUAAUGGGGCUGCUUAACCAAGGGACCCAACUUCGAGCAGUGACAAUAUAUAGAGAGAGUAUACAGCCAUCAGUAUUCCAUCAUGACCAUAUGAAGCAUUAUUCAUUAUAUUGCAAAACAAAAAAAAAUUACAUACAUAUAUAUA